CAGCAGCUGCGCUCGAUGGCUGAGCUCGCCGGGGGAGCGGUCCGCUCACUGUUGAGUGUCAUCCGUGACGAGGCUCAGCUGCUGGGCGGCGUGGGUGGUGAUGUGCAGUUCAUCAAGGAGGAGAUGGAGAGCAUGAACAGCUUCCUGAUGCACCUCGCCAGGAAGACUCCCCGCAGCGGGGAGCACGACGAGCAGGUGAGCACGUGGAUGAAGCAGGUCCGCGACCUCGCUCAUGACUGCAGCAACAGCAUUGACAUCUACCUGCGGCGCCGUGAUCCGGCGGUUUACCGCGCCAGAGGGAUCCUGCUGGGUUAUGUGUGGUGGGUGCCUUGGUUCGUGAAGAAGACGCUGGCCCAGCACCUUGCAGCCACCCAGCUGCGCGACCUCAAAGCCCGGGCACGUGAUGUUGGUGAGCGGCGGCUCCGCUACGGCGUCGAGGUCCCGGCAAAGACGGCGGACUCCGACAAGCUGCACAUGUCGCCGACGGAGGCGUUGUUUCAUGCUGCUUCUGCAGGAGUUGUAGCUGAAGGAGAACAUGACUUGGAAGAAGACUACUACCGGGCGACAAACGAUGAUCCACGAAGGGAGCUAGCCUUCUCCGAGCCUCGCCUUCUUGAAAAGUGCACUGAAAAGCUAAUGCACUGGCUCGAACACCAACACGAGGAUGGUCAGUUCCAAGCUAUUGCUGUUGCUGCACCGGAUAAAGAGGAUGGAAAAGAUAUUACCGAUGAAGCAUUGACUCAUGAUUCCGUUACGGAAAAGUUCGACUACAUCUUCGUUUUACGGGACCAGUUUUGCCCGAAAGAAGCAUGGGAUUUUCUUGGCGACAUUCUGAAUAAGCUACUGUCUCCGGAGUCUGACGAAUCGGCGGAGGAAUUUGACGACGAAGAAAUCCCUGAUGAGAUUAGCAAGAUGGAGGAAGAAAUCGACGAGAAGAUUUGGAAGAUUGAGGAGAAGAUAGAAGAGCACCUGGAGAAAGCAGGUAAUGAAGGUUACCGGGUUGAACCCUUAGGACUACUGCAGGGCGUCUUGAGGGAGCUGCUCCAGGACCAGGAUGCCACCCUCCUUGUGGGCAAGGAUCAAACCCAGGAAAAGAAAAUCCUUGAAGAAACAGCGGAGAAUACGAAGAAGUAUCUGGAACCAGCAUGUGAAAACGGUUCCUGCAGGACUGGCGCUGGGGAGCAUCAUCCCGAAUUCAUAGCCAUCCUCCAGGACCUGCUUCCCAAGCAGGCCACCACACCGGCAAAGGCAGCCACAAAUAAACCGGGAGAGGAUCUGAUCGUGAAGAAUAUUAAAGACAUUACACUGAAGAUUCAAGUGCAGAUCCAGCCAGACCUGCUGCCAUUGACGUCACUUCGUCAGCAAGAUAAUUCAGCAGAAGAAUCGCCCCUCUCGCCGGGCGACGAAGAGGAGUACUGCCGGGAGAGGAUUGAACAAGUCCUAAAGAGGAUCAAAGAGCACCUGUUGAUUCAAGAAACCGCAGGGAGGGUUAGAAAGCAUCUGCAGGGUACAAGGACACUGGUCGUUCUCAAAAAUGCCUAUGGCUAUAAAUGGGAUGAGACCGCAAAGGCCUUGCAAGAUUUGGGUUGCACUUCAAUGGCAGUGGUAGUUACCACAAAAUACAUGCAAAGUGCCAACGAGUUUUGCCAUGGAACGGAGCCUAUCGUGUACUCUUCUAUUGAAUACUACCAUGAUACAGCACUCCAACUUACAAAUCGGCGGGUAAAUGACGACGACAGGUACAGCGCCACAAUCUUUCAUGAGAUCUUGGAGAAGUGCGGGCGGGAUGUGUUCUGCAUAAAGAUGUUCAUCCAUGCUCUGUUUGCCAAUCCAAUGAGGCGCAGAGAAGAGCUCGACAAGUUGAGCAACAGCCUCAUGUUCGGAGGAUCUGUGGAAACUAAUGGGUACAAGAUGAUCAAGUUCUCCUACAACGACUUGCCUAGGGAUUACAAGACAUGCUUGCUGUAUCUAGCAAUCUUCCACAAAGAUGAGAAGAUAAACCGGACAAGGUUAAUAGGUCGGUGGGUUGCGGAAGGACUGAUAACUAGACAAGACUGGCCCAGUUCAGUAAGCCAUGCGGAGCAUUGUUUUGAUGUACUGGCCGACUUAUGGCUUGUCUGUCCUGGUGACGUCGAUGCUGGAGGGAAGGUGAAGAGCAUUACGUUGCACCCACUGGUGUACAGCUUCAUCACCAAGAUGGCCAGGAAAGAACACAUUCUGGACACACGGCUGUCUCGGCACCUGGCUCGCCACUUCUCCAUUCUCAGCAACAUCCGACUCCGUCCCUCGGACAGCAUCGUCGACUUCUUGAAGCAACCAUCCAAUGCAUCAUCUCAAUUAAAGCUAGUCAAGGUCCUGGAUUUGGAAGGUUGUGUAUCCCUGAGAGAUAACCAACGCUGGCUUAGGAACGUGUGCACCUUGUUAAUACUGCUCAAGUAUCUGAGCCUACGGAACACAGAUGUCACUCAGCUGCCUAAGGAGAUCAACAGGCUGCAGCAGCUGGAGGUGUUGGACAUCCGGCGGACUCCUAUGAAUGCCUCCGCCAUAAAACAGCUCAUGCUACUGAAGCUGAAGCGUCUACUGGCUGGUCAAAGUGCAUGUUCCGAUGACACUGGUAGUAGUGAUGCUAGCAAACUUUCCACGGUCAUGAUGCCCCACAAGGUCAGGAAAAUGUCAGACCUGGAAGUGCUGUCCCAUGUACAGGCAUCGAAACAUCAUGCUAGCGAGCUGAGAGAAAUUGGCCAGCUAUGGCAACUGAGGGUGUUUGGUGUGAUCAUUUAUGACUGGAAAGCUCAACUCGACAACCUACUCCAAGGGAUCAGCGACCUGAAUGAGUGCCUUGUGUCUCUGUCAAUCGAGAUCAAGUCUCUGCCUGCCAGCGAGGCGGUUGCUACUCCUCCUGACACUGAUCCUAUCAGUGCACAUUGUAAGAACACACCCAAGCUUCUUGAAAGCCUGAGCAUCAGUGGAGUCACAAUAUAUGGGCGUCUUCUCCCAUUCUUUGCUAGAGGCUGCCGGAAACUUGCCAAGGUAACUCUUCAUAACACCUUGCUGGACCAGGAUGAUAUGGAAUCCCUCACAGAUUUGCCCAAUCUUCGCGGCCUCAGGCUCCGGCAUGUUAAAUUACACACCGAGGGCAAACUUAUAAUCCAGACCAGAGGAUUCCAAAAUCUCAAGUAUCUUCUUGUUGAGGGUGGUGGCAUCACUGACAUCGACUUCGAACCUGGAGAAGCUCCUAAGCUUGAAAAGAUCGUCUGGCUCAUGGACAACAUAGAGUCUCUCUCCGGAAUCAACAACCUUCCCAAGUUGAACAAAAUGGUGUUCAAUGAUGGUCUCAGGCUACCAGAACAGGUGAAACAGGCCAUAGAAGCACAUCCAAACUUCAUUGAUCAUAAUGGAAUAUGGUGGUAUUGAGGCCAAGCGGGCAAGUGCAUCUGCGGUUCCUUGAUUUGAAGCUUGCAAGGUGGUCCAUCAGUUCAGCAGAAUUGAUUCGUCCCUUCACAUCUGCUUUAUUAUUGUUUAUUCUGCUUGUGUGUGAACUUGAUUACGCUCCUAUAUGUGUCUGUAUUCAAAUGUGAGUACAUUUGUUUCUCUGCAGCCACCUAUAGGCGCAGGCCUCCCAGGUCGGACAAGGACCCAGGGUCCAAAUCCAAUUAGUUAUUUUAAGUAAUUGUGAGUCUGGAUUUGGAGAUAGAAAGGUUUCGUCCCGAAGAAGGUUUUCCCUACUGUUUCCAAAUCUGAUUAGGAGUCUUUAGGAGUUUGAUUACAGUUCUGUAAGAGCCCAGCUUGGGCUCCAAGUUUGUAAGGGCUAUUUAUAGUCCACCCUAGUCAAUCAAUAAAGGAAGCAAUCAAAACCCAAAA